AAGGGAAUAGCUGAGAGGAAUUUUGGGGGAUCUCCAUCAUUUGCAUAAAAAGAGGGAAGUGAAAACUAACUGAAGAGUCAAGGUGGUAAAUAGAGAACAUGAGGGAGGAAGACCAGAGGUAGUGAAAUGACUGAAACUUGUCUCACCAUGCAUCUUCGGACAAGCUGAAAAGUGUCAUUCCAGGUCCUUUCAGCAAACUUCAAGUGCAGGAAUUAUCGUCCAGCUCCUUUAUUGCAGCUGCAGUCCACACUGGUCUUUACCCUCAUCAUUUCACAAUCCUUCCCUCCACCUUGAACUUUCCCCCUUUUGCACUCGGAUCACUCGGUACACAGAGCCAUGGCAGCUGCUAAGCCAAAGGGGCAGAACUCUCUAGCCCUCCACAAAGUGAUUAUGGUGGGCAGUGGAGGAGUGGGGAAAUCGGCCCUCACUCUCCAGUUCAUGUACGACGAGUUUGUUGAAGACUAUGAGCCAACCAAAGCGGACAGCUACAGGAAGAAAGUGGUGCUGGACGGAGAGGAGGUACAGAUUGACAUCCUCGACACAGCUGGACAGGAGGACUAUGCAGCCAUUCGGGAUAACUACUUCCGCAGCGGCGAGGGUUUCCUCUGUGUAUUUUCCAUCACAGAACUGGAAUCAUUUGCAGCAACAGUAGACUUCAGAGAGCAGAUUCUGCGAGUGAAAGAGGAUGAGAACGUGCCCUUUCUCUUGGUCGGUAACAAGUCAGACUUGGACGAUCGACGGCAGGUCAGCGCAGACGAGGCAAAGGCACGUGCCGAGCAGUGGGGCGUGUGCUACGUGGAGACUUCUGCCAAAACCCGUGCCAAUGUUGACAAGGUGUUCUUUGACCUGAUGAGAGAGAUCCGGGCAAGGAAAAUGGAGGACAGCAAAGAGAAGAACGGGAAGAAGAAAAGUAAAAGUUUGGCCAAGAGAAUUCGAGAGAGAUGCUGUAUUUUAUAGUGGUUAAAGAGAGCAGGAUAGCUGCUUAUGUACAUAUACAUUUCUCAGACUUUUGCAUUUAUUUUGUGCCCAUACCUGACCAUGUCUUUCUGUUCCUGGCUAACAGGACAUCUGACUGUGUGUCAGGGAGUAGUAAGGUGGCACUCCAUACACCAUUUAUAGCUCUAACUUUUUAUGUGCUGACACUCCAAAUAACUUAUGUACUCUCUCUCUCUCUCUUACUCUGACCACAUUACAGAGUGUAAUAAAUGGAUGGUGUUUUAAUUUAGGCCUAAGCUUGACAAGAGGCUAAGCCCUGAAAUGUUACAAAACCUUUCAUUGUAAAGUUUGAUGUGUAUAAUAUAUUCAGACAACUGUGCAGUGCAAGUUUAAAAGAGAAGAUGAAAUGAAGGUGUCAGAGCCGAGGUUUAAAUGGGGAAAAUAGAACUGGAGCUCAAUACUGGAAAGCCCCACUUCAUAUAAUUAGUCCACCGUCUUUGGUAGGAAAUGUAACAGACUCAGCAGUGUAGUGUCAACCCAGAAUUCAUCAAGUGCCACCAAGGAAAAGUACAUUGCACUGGUGAAUCUCGGAAGCAUUUUAAUUGAGAGAUCAUUGCGUUAACGUAAGCCACAGCUGAAAUUUGAUGCCAUUCCUAUUUGUCGUUCUACACCUCAACUUUACUAUGUGGUAUGGUUAUUGGUAGUUAAUUUUUAUCUGUAAAAGUUGAACUUUUUUUUUUUUUCUCUUCCUCUCCUCUUAUAUCAGCCAGUGUAAGAUAAGCGCAUGAACGUUUCCAUUUUCUUUCCCGCUUCCAGUCACUUUGUUGAGUCUUCUCAAAUGCACAAAACAACAUUGAUCCAUUACCCUUAAACCUGUGAGGGAUUUUACAGCACUUGAACUUUUUUCAAUUCUAACAUUUCAGAAGUUUUACCUCACUUGGCUAAUGACUUUCAUUGCCUUUUUUUGUUUUGCGAUGACGGAAUCCCUGGUGCUCUGAUAAAAGGCGAUUCCAUAACACUACAUCCUUUACAUGCUGUCUAACACACAUAAAAUAAAUUGCUUCCAGACAUGUAAAGAUUUAUUUUGCCAGUUUUACUCUUCCUGGCUCAGACUUUUAAUUCCCCUCUUUUUUUAUUUAAAAUGUAUUUGUUAAAAUUAGGACUAAAGUGGGAAUAAAUUAUGGAUAGAUUAAUUUUACCGUAAUUGAAUGCAGGCUUGAUAGUAAAGUGGUACCUGUCCAAAAAAAAGUUGCUCUCAGUCACCAAAGAAAUAUGCUAGCUAGUACAAACAAGUGCCCACUUUUUAAUUGAAGUGAAUGACAACUUGUUAUGGUGAGCAUCAGUAGUAAACACUGCAGUGUGUCAAGUGGAAAUGAAAGGAUCUCAUUCUAAAUGGCCUGGGAAAGAAAUGGCUUUAGUAAUUCAUGUACAGUGCAUCACUGUUGCCUCUCUGUCCAUUGUGAAUGUGAAUAAUCCCCACACGCUUGUCCUGUUUGCCUGUAAUCUUCAGCUGCCAAUGAUGUGCAGAGUUUAGAGGUCACUGACAUUCUACUUUGUUUACCUUUUGUUAAAUUUUGUGCAAACCCACCCUUUGUUUUAACACUGUAGUGACAGCUUAAUGAAACACCUGAUAUGUUCCUUUAGUCUCCCUCAUGUAGUUGAAUAGUUUUACAAGCAAAUUAAUUGGCAGUAAGAGACUUCAGUACACGAUUAACAGCUAAAUUGCAUAGACCAGAACACACCAUAAAAUCUGCCCUUUAAUCCCCUUGAUGACUGAGCCACUCUCUUUUUCUGACACAAAACUUGUAACUUAUUUAAAAUAACUUAUUUUAUUUUUUCAAUACCUUAUUAAACCAUCCAGAAAAUGUUGGCACGUUUUACUCUGAUCCAAUUCUGAUCAUUAUUGUAAGAGUAAAUGUGUUUGUGUGUGCGUUGCCAACAGCAACAGCCCACCAUUUACAUUAAAGGAGCUCCGUAAGCCAGUAGGAUGCCUAACACUGGAGUCUAUGCAAAAAUGAUUGUUGUAAUUGCAAAGAGGAUGAGAAACUUGGAAACAGUUCAAAACAUUGUCAGCAUCCUCAAACUACUUUUAAUAAGACGUAAGUGCAGUGCAAGCACUUGAACUUGAAUGCUGUGAAGAGAUCUGGCCACAGCUUAGAAAAUCUAACAUCAUCUAAAAUGUGAAGUGUUAAUACUGUUUCAUUGAUUUCCUGAGUUAAUAGAUAAACACUAAAGAAUUUGUGGCUUUGAUUACAGGCUUUGUAUAUUUCCAGUGUGUUAAUUUUACAGCAAGACAGUAAUGCAAAAGAAUGUCAGUGGGUUUUCAUAUUUACUGAAAAGCACACAGUAGAGAGAGUUUUACGGUUUAAAAAUGGGAGGAUGAGACUGGAUGUGACUCAAACCCAAAAUAUUAGGAACCCAUGGCAUCAGAAUGUUUGGGAAGUAGUUUGGUUUAAUAUACUCUAAGGGCUAACCUCCAGUACACCAUACCAUGAUUGAAACACCCCUGAAAGUUAAAAUGACAGGCACAAAAACUGACAUGCAGUCUGUUAUGGCAUACCUUCCUUAGCUUCAUGGACAUAACAUUAAUUAAUGUCUUCAUUGUUGAGGAUUGCAGAAGCCACUAAAGCCACUUAAAGUGACCACCAUAAUGCUUGCUUACUCAAACAUUGGCUUAACACAGUCUCAUUCUUGUUUCAGUGCUUUUUCCAGAAGCAAAACAUAAUCCAUAAUCAUUCUUUUUCUUUGUCUUCAUGGAUAGUUUAAUGGACUUGAUGGCCCAAAUAUUUUCAGCUGGAUACUAAAACAGAUGUUUGUGUGGAAGCUAUGAGAAAAUUGUCCUACUGGGUAUUCAAAUAACUUGUUUUGCCUUUUAUAUAAAUACCCUUGGAAUAAUUAAAAAAAAAAGAAAAUAGAUAUCUAUGUCUUUGAUUGGAUGGUUGUAUGUAUGCCAUCAGUUAAAUGUUUCCUUCAUGUUUACUUAUUUUAAACAUAACCACUAAUGUAGCCUAUCUGUUUGUGAAUGCAAGAGGUGACGCUUACAUUUCAAUUCAUUUUUUUGUGAGUUAUUUGGAAAUGGCAAAUAAAGUGGAUAUUACUAAUAACA